UAUAUAUAUAUAUAUAUAUAUAUAUACUUUUUGAAUAAACCCUAAACCCAAUUUCACUGUAAUCGAGCUUCUCUUCCUCUCGCGACUCGCUCUCUACGUUGUUCCUCCCAAAUGGAAGUACCAAUGGAGUUUUGGGGUGUUGAGGUGAAGGUGGGUCAGUCUGUUAAGAUAGACCCAGCGGAACCAUCAAGUGGAUACAUACAUGUUUCGCAGGUUGCACUUGGGGAGGCUAAAAAAGACAAAGCAAGUGAACCUGUGGUUCUGUACUUGAAAGUUGAUGACCAGAAGUUUGUUUUGGGAACCCUUUCUAGGGAUGAUAUUCCUCAACUAUCUUUGGAUUUAGUUCUCGACUCGGAGUCUGAGUUUUCCCACAAUUCAAAGAGUGCCAGUGUUUAUUUUUGUGGAUACAAAGUUCUAACUGACGAUGGCAAUGUUUCUGACUUUUCUGAUAGUGAUGAUGAUCUUGCACUGAAGGGCCAAGAUAAUGGAAAACCUGAAAUCAAAGCUGAAGUUGCAAAAGUUGCUAAAACUCCAAAACCUGUUCCAAUGGUUGGUGCAUCAGCAGAACAAGUCAAGAUUGUUGAUCCGAAGAAAGAUGAAAAGGAUGAAUCUGAUGACGAUUCUGAUGAUGAGUCUGCUGAUGAAGAUGAUUCUGGAAGUUCUGAUGAGAUGGAUGCUGAUAGUGACAGUGAUGAGGACAGUGAGAGUGAUGAAGAUGAUGAAGAGACCCCUGUUAAGAAGGUGGAACUGGGAAAGAAGAGAGCCAAUGAGUCUGCGUCAAAAACUCCAGUUCCCAACAAGAAAGCCAAAAAUGCUACUCCUGAAAAGACUGAUGGUAAGAAAUUUGUACACACGGCAACACCUCACCCCAUGAAGAAGGGUGGAAAGACGCUCAACAGCGGUGCAAAGGGCCAGAGUCCCAAUUCUGGUGGACAACUAUCUUGCAAAAGUUGCAAAAAAUCUUUCACUUCCGAAAGUGGUCUGCAACAACAUAAUAAAGCUAAGCAUGGAGGUCAGUAACAUUGCAUUUUACAUGCCCCGAUAGAAAUUUUCCUUGUGAGGAAUGUCGUUUAUGGCGAAUUUGGAAAUUUGUUUUGACGUAGCUGAGCUCCUAUAUAUUAGAAUUGCUGCGUUUAAUCCUUGUUUUUUAGUCGUUUAAUCGAGUGCUUCCAAAAUUUUGUUUUG